AUGACUGCCGCUGAAUACAUACGUCUGCAGCGCCAGGGUCUCAACAUUCCCACGCACAGGAUGCCGAAGGAAAUUGAGGAGAAACUGAAGAAGGAGAAGGAGGAAGAGGAGGAGCGGAGAGCCAAAGAGGAAAGGGAAGAAAGAGAAAGACAAGAACGAGAGGAACGAGAGAGGCGCGAGAGAGAGGAAAGGGAGGAGAGGGAGAGAAAGGAGAGGGAGGAAAGGAAGCGGAAGGAUGAACGGCUGGAGAACUUCUUGGGGUGGCUGCAGAACGGCAAGAAGGACGACAUGGGCAAGGCGGUCGAUCUGCUGGUCAGUGACGACGACGACUGA